AUGUACUGCGACAUUUGCAUCCAGGCUUUGCGCGACGGCUUCCAUAAUGAUGAGUCGAGACACCACAGAACAUUUGCCUCGUUCAAAGCGUCUGCUUCUUCCUUUUGUGCAAUCUGUUCCUGCCUUUGGGAAAAGGUGACAAGUCUCCCAAACGGAUUUGGAGAUGCAGUCCAAGAAUGGAUUAGGCAAGGAGACAAUCCCAUGACAGGCGACGGACACAUAGAUGACUAUGCUACAAUCUGGAGGCUCAAAUGGGGUUCGAACCACAAGUUUUCCCUGAUAGUCGCUUGUAAUACCUGGAAUGUCAGAUAUCUUGAUGAUUUAAUCACGAGUGAUAUUGAUACUCUCGAAUGCGAGUUCGGGCUGGUAAACUUCACGGAUGAAACGGCUGAAGCAUUCUUCCUGCUUGGGACCAGUACUUUCACUGAACCUUCGAAGAAUAUCGCCGGUGCUUGGAUUCAGGACUGUAUAGCAAAUCAUGAAUCUUGUAGCAAGCCUCAAUCCGUUGCUGAAUGCUGGUUACCAACGCGGCUGAUUGAUGUGGGAGACGAAGAGAGCAAUACUGUGCGCGUGGUGACCACCGCAGAAGAAACCCGAUUUGCAGAUUCGCCUGCUCAAUACGCUACCCUAAGCCAUUGUUGGGGCGACGCCAAAUUUCUCAAGCUAUAUAGGUCAAACCUGAGCCAUCUUCACAAUGGCAUACCAUUGACAGACCUGGCCAAGACUUUCCAAGAGGCUAUCCGCGUCUGCCAUCACUUCAAAAUUCGCUACAUAUGGAUCGACUCACUAUGCAUUAUCCAGGAUGAGAAUGACGACGACUGGUCGAAAGAGUCUACAAAUAUGGACAAGGUUUACGCCAAUGGGUUUAUCAACAUUGCUGCUGCAGCUUCCCAUGACAGCUCCCAAGGCCUUUUCCGUCAACGGAACCCAGGUUUAAGCCCCGUCUAUCCACCUGUAUAUAUUGGCUCCUCCAAUAGUAAAAUUCAGCAACAAAAAUACUUGGUUAUACCCAAGGCUGAAUGGAAAAACAACGUGGAAAGAAGCCCUCUCGGCCAGCGUGGUUGGGUUUUUCAAGAAAGACUCUUGUCGCCAAGGAUUCUCUUCUUUGGCGCCCGCCAGCUUUAUUGGCAAUGCGGCGAAAAGUUGCUCAACGAGGAGGGAACUCCCAUGGAGCGUUUAUUGGGGGAAUACGACCCAGACGCCAAGCUAGCCUUUACACGAAUGUUGAACGAUGAUGUUUGUUCCGAAGACAUUCUCAACCUUUGGUGCGACAUAGUCAUGGCUUAUUCGCAAACGAAGCUCACCAAGGAUACAGACCGCCUUGUCGCGCUCUCUGGUCUAGCCAAGGUUUUUGGUUCAAAGCUGCCGCAACAUCAAUACGUGGCAGGCUUGUGGCAGCAGAGUAGCCUCUUCAGGUGGCGGGUGGAAUCCACGUUGUCCCCGCCGCCGUCGUCACCUGCCAGGAAAGACGACCAGAAGUAUUGCGCACCGUCGUUUUGUUGGGCCUCUGCAGACUUGCCGUGCAGACUCUCUUUUGAAUCAGAGUUUGAGAAAACUUAUUAUACAAUACUGGAUAUGCAUCUAAGUUAUGCUACCAAAGAUCCUACGGGUCAGGUUGUUGGAGGGCACCUGGAUGUCCUUGCAAAACUCAAGCUGUUCAGAUUUGGCCCGGAACACAGUCUCCAGGCGGGGACCUUCGUGUCAUAUUCGAUACUCGGCAUAGAAGUUGUCGAUGGGACUCCGAAGCCAGGAGAGUGGUUCUGGAUGGAGAAAGUCGGCCUCGAUCGUGCUCUUGACUUUACUGUAAACGCUGAACAGGAUUACUUUUUAUUUGUUGCCGGUGUUGACCACUCAUACCGUGAGUUUGAUAUGUUUCUCGAUUCUGACCUUUUUUUAAAAGUUGAUGCCGAUGAAGAGUUCAAGAAUUUGGUCAAAGAACAUGUUGGGGAGGGUGACGUGACAUGGGUUUAUGCAUCACUUAGAGCCCACUGUGUCCUUCUUGCAGUGGUAGAUGCGGAUGCUGGGAUUUAUCGCCGGAUUGGGACGGCCAUAUCAUCCAGUCGAACUCUGACAGUCAAAGGGUUUGAAAGGAGUCUUCAAUAUCGCCAGCACGAUUUGCUUACUUACGAGACGCCUCAAAUAACGAUACCUCAUCGAGGUAUGCGCGGGGAGGAGCACGUCUUUCGCAUCAUUUAA